AUGUAUUUGUCGAUCAGUGUAUGUACGGUGAGGAUAUAGUCUGAUGUAAACUUUGUUAUAAGAAUCUGAUCUGACUUUUGCUCAGGACAUUGUGCUCUGUAAGGAAGUGUAUGAGUCUCGUGUUGGUGAUACUGUAGAACAGCUUCCCCAGAUUACUGCUCACACAGAUACCCCUGUAAUUAUUUGGAUCUAAUUUGUCUCCACUUUUGAAUAUGGGCUUUAUGAGUCCUCUAUUCCAGGUGUCAGGGAAAUGACCAGCACUCAAAACCAAGUUGAACAGUUUUAGUAAGGCCAAUCUUAAUUUGUGCUCUGUGUUCUUCAGCAUUUCAUUGAGGAUGCCAUGUGGUUCACUUGCUUUUUUGAUAUUUAGGGCCUGGAUUUUAUUUAUCAGUUCAUUUUCUGUGAUGGGGUAGCCUAAUGGGUUUUGGUAUUUACCAAUUGUAUGUUCCAUAUUGAUCAUUUUUUCAUAUAUUUGGAUUUGUUCUGGGUUCAUUUUUAUUUCGCUAUAAAGUUGUUCAAAGUGAUUUUUCCAGGUGUCUCCAUUUUGUAUGACUGUUUGUUCAUGUUGUUUUUUAUUCAGGGAAUUCCAGUUGUCCCAGAAUUUGUUAGAAUUUACAGAUUCUUCUAUAGUUUUUAGCUGAUUUUGCAUGCACUGUUCUCUCUUUUUUCUGAGUGUAUUCUGUUCGGUCAAAUUUGCAUUCGAGGGGCUAAAUAUCAUGUUACUUGGGAUCGCUUGAACCCGCGGACAUGAAAAACAACCCGCGGCAACAGUGUAAAAGUAGCCCAAUUCUGCAAGAAACCGCAGACUUGGCAACACUGCUCUCUCUCUCUCUCAAAUACAAAUUCAAAGUGUGCUUUAUUGGCAUGAAAAAUAUUACAAUGUAUUGCCAAAGUAUUUCUAAUUUUUUCUAACGUCAACAUAUCAACAUACAGUGAAUCACAUGUACAUAUACAAGCAUAAAAAAGUAGAACAAUCAAUCAACAUUUUAGAAUUCUAUGAACAAUUUCUCUCUCUUUAUCAGUACUGCAUGGACCGAAAAUUUUCACCCAUCUUGAGGUUACUGGGUACCAGGGUCAUGAUGUCACACUGUUGUGCCAGUACAUCCAUGGAAACUCAAAGGACAACAUAUCGCAAGUACAGUGGAUGUGGAACAAUCGGUCCAAUAAAUAUGAAAUCAUGAUCUUUAAUAUGGACCAUGGUCUUUUUCUGCAUGACACAUUUCUGAAAGACAGAGUCAGCUUCAUUAAGAGCUCUCCUCUGAUCUAUGACGCCUCCAUUAUCAUCAGAGACGUGAGGAUGAGUGAUCAGGGAGUCUACAGCUGUGACUACACAGCCUUCCCUAGCGGCAGUUAUAAAGGACAAACCACUCUUAAAGUGAGAGAAGGCAGUCCUCCUAUUCUUUCCACCGCUGAGGCUGUAGGGAUUGUGACUGCAAUAGUGCUCAUCACUAUAAUUACAGCUGCUGUGGGGUAUUUAUUCCUGAUCAACAGACGAACUCAUGGUAGAAGAGCCGGCAACACUUCCGCUUAUUAUACAACUCAGACACUUGAUGACCUACAACAGGAUGUCACAUAUGUUGAUGCCACAAUACUGAAAAGAGGCAAAGUCAACAGAAGCACCUUGCCAUCUGGGGACAUUGAAUACGCUGCGGUUUGCUUCAGUGGUCGCUCAGAAUCAACGUCACUGCGAGCCUCAACCAAUCAGCUGGCUUUAGAUGUCCACACACCAGAGGAGGAAACUGUGUACGCACAGGUGAAAAAAGACAGAUUUUGAGUACAAACAUCAUAUCCACUGCAGGUUUCUAUUGAAGAAUUAGGUGUUUGAACAGUAGAGACAGUAAAUGGCUGAUCACACCAAGGACGAUAACUAUAACCAGAGGUCUCCAAACUCGGUUCUGGAGGGCCGCUGUCCUGCAGAGUUUAGCUCCAGCCAGCUCCAACACACCUGCUUGAAAGUUUAAUGUAUGCCUAGUGAGACCUUGAUUAGCUGUUUCAGGUGUGUUUAAUCGGGGUUGGAGCUAAACUUUGAAGGACAGCGGCCAUCCAGGACCGAGUUUGGAGAACUCUGACUAUAACUAUAAAGUUUUAAUAAUCAUUCUAAUCCUAACAAUAAGGAAGUCCACACAACCACACCAUAGUGUCACCAUUAUGUCCUGUUCAUAAACUUUCAGUUUGUUGUCAAUCCUGUCUCGUGUUCCCUGUUCCACAUUGCCGCCACUCAUCAGUCACCAUGGACACUAACGAUCCUCACAGCUGUUCAUCAUUUACCUUUAUGCAUUUAAGUUCCUGCCUGAGUUCAGUUCAUUGUCCGGUAUUGUCUAUGUUAAGUGUACAUGCUGCUGCCUGUUCUUCUGUCUAUGGAUAUUUGUAUUAUUAAAACUCAUUUUGGUUCUCA